AGCCCGUUUGCGCACCAAAUCAUUCAGCCCGUGGCUCCAUGUUGCUGCUAUGCAUUCGCCCUGUCGCAGCAUUUCCGGUGUUUUGGCUGAGCUGGCACGCAUAUCACUUCUGUUUGAAGCCUUGUAGCCAGGCUUGCAGCUCUACAUUCAAGAAUCGUGUGUGUCGAUGGUUGUCUGAGGCCUGUAUCCUGUGUAGAUUUACAAGGAAAUAUCAUUCUCAAGCGAUCAGCAUGAGUUCUCGGUCAUCAUUUAGUGCUCAGCGGAGCAAUUUUCGUACAUGUCAAGCUGUUGAUGAACAACCCACUGUCUCGAUAAUAACUCCCCUCAGACAAGAAGAGGCUCAAGUGUAAAUGCAUUUCUUAUGUACAGUGCAUAUGGAAUAUAUACAACGAAAAGCAAGCUGAGGACGAGUAGACGUUAUGUCAUAACGUAUUUGGGUCCUUCACCGCCCUAUUCUAUCAUUAGUUGUUCUCCCACACGUCUAUUCUCGAGAGCC